CAGUCGCCAGCUUCCACCGCGGAUCGUUGAGUUCGCCAGAACCGCCUGAUGAGGCCUGAUGCCUACACUCCGUUUAAACUGUGGUAAAUGUAGUUGACUCACUUAACCCAAAUGUCGCUAAUCUAUUAACAUGGUCACGUGAUGGAGUUGGUCACCAUACCUGUCUAACAAGUUUAUCUUGCUCUUCACAGGAGGUCGGCGGUUCGAUCCCGCCCGGGAUCAUCUUUUUGCUUUUGUGUUUUUGAUUAGGCUUUGCCUCCACUUUUGGUCGCCAGCCCUGCCGACGGAGUCUCUUUGCCUUCUUACUUUUGAUCUCUUCUAAAUUCACCUCUCUAGAUCACAAUUGUCCGUUCGCAAUGUCAGACUUGCGCGCUGUGAAGAAAUACGCGGCGCAGCAUGAUCUUUUCAAUCGUCUUCAUUCCAUCGCCGCAGAUGACGCUUUCGUCAAGAGUGUUGCCAACAACUGGUACGGUGGUCGUUUUGAGGUAGUCCCAAAUCAGAGAUGCGGUACAUGGUACUGUGAUCCCGCUACAAGCUCAGAAGUCUACGCAUACUUUAAGUCCACAGAUGGACACAUGUCUCACUGGGACUUCAACUUGCGAAGAUCUAAUUUGUCGUUUGCCAGCUAUGCGGCAGAGCGAGGAGGGUUGAUAUUGGUCGAUUCCACGAGGAAGGGGAAGAGAAUGCCUGACGGUUUGUCCAAAACAGUACCGAUAUGGUGCGCUGUAAUCAAUUUGGCCAUAUCACUGCGGGAGAAGCGAGGAGAGGAGUGGGACACCCAGAUAUAUAUGCCGCCUCAGAUAGUACCCGCUACAGAGCGUUCGCAGAUAGAGGCGAGGCUUCAAGGGUGGGCAGAGUCCUUGGAGCGCUCGACAUUGCCCCUUCCCAAGCUUAGCAAACCCCUUCGACCAUUCUUCCUCCACCCUUCUACGUCUUCCCCGCCUUUCAUCGCCGACUCUGUCGACUUUACCCCCAUCAUGUGUCUCUCAGCCUCGAGGUGGGUUAACGAAGGGGGCGACAAGAUUCCCUCUGUGACGAGCGUCGGACUGCGGAAAGUGGGAUUCGAGUAUGUACCCGGAGGCGGGGAUGAUGAUGAGCUUUGGGCUCGGGGCCUGAAACCGGCUGUCUUUCACGCGCACCGGGGUGAACUACUCUCGGCAGAGAGAGACGACCUACCCGCUCUGGUCGACAUGAUUGUCGGCUCUAGCAACAGCGAAUCUACCCUAUCUACUCGAUUGGACGAUAUGUCUGUAUCCUCCUCGGCGGAAUUCGUAGGUGUACCAGCCUCUCACUCGCGAUUAGCACUCGACGUCGGAUCCCCGUCUUCCCCUUCAUCCUCUUCAGCCUGGGAACGUUCCCAUAUCUCAUAUGUUGCUAUAAUUAAGCUUGACAAGUGUCCCAAGAACAUCAAACACCUCAUCACUCUCCAAGACGGGGAACGCUACGUGCUGGCCGUACCUUCAGCCAAAGCAGAUGGCAAGGCGUACUCCACAGCUCUAUCAGAGCUAGUGGCAUUUGCCAAGGAACUGGAUGGCAAACGCGGUAUCGUAAUUGGGUCAGCAACACCUUCGGAUCUAGACGCAGCCGUCAAACAAUGCUCGUCGGACGCCCAAAUCAACCCCUUCUCUGCUGCCCGCAUCCCAUCCCCCAUAGAAUCACGCAAAGACAUCAUACCCCUCGCCCUUGUGCUUCUCUGUGCUCUGCCUUCUAUUGCCGACUUGCCAGAAAAAACGUCGGUCACAAAGGGUACUAUUGCAGACAGGCUUCACUCGAUGGUCUCACUCUGGCCGGAUGGAAAUCCAGCAAGGGCGGCAUUAAAGAGAGUCAAUGAGUUUUUGAUGGGCGAAGGGAGGCGUUGAAGCGCAUGCGGCGGAGAUGUGACAGGGGUGUGUACAAGAUGCUUUCGGCAGAUCACCAUGGGAUGUGUAGUGAGUCUGCAGCAAAAGUCAAUGCUCAAAUAAGUCAAGCAAAGGACUUGUUAUGCUGCUUCCUCUCGCCUUUGUUGAUCAUAUCAUCUGGAUGCAUCUUUAAGUAUCGGCUGAAAUCUCCUCUUUGGA